AUUAAAAACAAUAAUUAAAUUAUUUGUAAAAUCAGUACUACCAAUGUCACUGAUGUACAAAUAACUAUGCCCUAAGCCACCAACCAAACUUCAUAUUCGUGUUUUGUCUUUCAAUAUAGGUUAUGUUUUUGUCUGUUAAGUUUGUUUUAUAAAUACAGCGUGCAAUUAGUUUGUUCCACAGAUCAGACCAUUAUAAAAUACAAAAACCAUGGACGAAGAAUAUGACGAAAGAACCUGGGAUGGGGUCGAUCGUUUGGAUAAUGAGUCAGAAAUGGGCGAAGAGGCUGAAAAUCCGGAACUAGUUCUUAAAGAAUGCGCAGAAAAAUUUUCAACUUCUGACUACAUAAUGGAACCCGGGAUUUUCUCUCAAUUAAAACGGUAUUUUCAGUCUGGAGGAAACCCUUUGCAGGUCAUUGAAGAAUUAUCGCAAAAUUACACAGCCGUAGCGCAAAUGGCGAACUUAAUCGCCGAGUGGCUCAUCACAGGAGGUGUAAAUGUAACAACUGUGCAAGCUAUGGUUGAAAAUCACUUAAAAGAGAUGAUUUUGAAAACAUUUGACCCCAAGAAAGCGGACACUAUUUUCACGGAAGAAGGAGAAACGCCAGCUUGGUUGACUCAGUUGAUUGAACACCCAACGUGGCGAUCGUUGAUUUAUCGAUUAGCAGAGGAGUAUCCAGAUUGUCUUAUGCUUAACUUCACAAUAAAAUUGAUAUCUGAUGCUGGCUUUCAAGCUGAAAUCACAAGCAUAUCUACUGCAGCCCAGCAACUGGAAGUAUUUUCAAGAGUUUUGAAAACUUCAAUAGCUAGUUUUUUAACAAACCCUGAAGACUGGCAAAACACAAGUCGGGAGUGUGCUAAAAUGGUGUGUCAUGGACAACACACUUAUGUAUAUAGUCAAGUGAUUAUCCAUGUUUUGGCUCGUGAAUCUAAAGGUGGUAGUAGUAUGAAAAGGUUGUCGCAAGAAAUUACCAAAUGUGCCCAAAAAAAUGGCAAUGAUGUUACUCCAAUCACAAUGGCGCUAAAUGGAGCAUCAGCCUAUCCCCAAGCGUGUCAAGCGUUAACUUCUAUGCUUUCUAAAAAUACGUUGAAUCCAGCAGAUAUUACAGUAUUAUACAGGAAUUACAAUGCACCAGAUCCACCACCAAUCGAUCUGCUUAGAACGCCACAAUUUUUAGAACUUUUAGUAGAUGCUCUGUUUAAGCCUGGAGUGAAACUUAACCCUGAUCAUAAGCCAAAAUAUAUCCACCUUCUUGCUUAUGCUGCCAGUGUUUUUGAAAUACAGGCAAAAAAAGGACAAAAACGGGUGGUCAAUAGAGAUGAACUUCAAGCAACCAUUCAUUCCAUUGAAACAGUUCAUAAUAUUUGUAACACUAAUAAAGGAAGUUCAGAACUUAUGGCUGAGCUGGCAACAAUAUAUCAGUGUUUAAAGUAUCCUGUGGUGUCAGUGGGAAUCAUAAGAUGGGUGGAGUGCACAGUAACUGAACCUAGUUAUUUUAAAUUGUCAACUGAGCAUACUCCAAUACACUUGGCUUUGUUAGAUGAAGUAGUUAGUUCUCAUCCACUGCUACACAAUCAAGUUCUUGACCUAUUAAUUAGGUUAUUUGAGUCAAAACAGGAUGAGCUAGAAAUUUUGGUGCAACUUGAAAUGAGAAAAAUGGUUCUUGACAGGAUGGUGAAUUUAUUAUGUUCUGGCUGUGUGGUUCCUGUGGUAAAAUAUAUUAAACAAUGUUGGCAGAAAGGUGAUACAGAUAUUUCACUAAUCAGAUAUUUUGUGACAGAAGUCCUAGAAACAAUUGGGCCUCCAUAUAGUUCAGAGUUUGUGCACUUAUUCAUGCCCAUGGUGGAAAAUGAUGAAAUAACUGGAACAAUGAGAGGGGAUGGAGAAAAUGACCCUGUAUCAGAAUUUAUAGUUUACUGCAAAGCUAAUUACACUGCGGUAGUGUAAUAACAUUCACUUAUUUAUAGGAAUAUUUAAGUUGUAAAAAUAAAAGUUUACAUCUA